AGUUUGUGCGUCUUUUCUUCCAGCGCCGGCUUGCGUGUGGCUACCGCACAAUGCGAGCGAACCGGGCUCCGGCCGCCGCUCAUCCGCACUAGGACGCCGAUGGGCCUGCGGGGGCCGAACGGCACAAGGCAACCGCGAUUGAGAGAAGCCCAGGGCCGGAGCGCAGCGGCGGACGAGUCGCCACCAUGAGCUCGGACCGCCAGAGCGACGGCGAAGACGCCGACGAAGCUCAGGUGGACGGGCCGAGCGGCGGGGAGUCCGAGGAGGGCCGCGACGGGGACGGGGACGAGCAGCGGGGGCCAUUCCCGGCUCCGCGACGCAGACACGGGGUGCCCGAGGGCCGCGCCGCCUUUAGUUCCACGGCCAAGGCUUACGAUGCGCAGCCCGUCGGGGGAUCGGGGAGCGGCAUCGGGUGCAGCGUUUUCCAGUGGCUGCGGAAGAGGACGCUGGGCAGGGGACUUCAUGUAGACCCGGCUCGGGAUAACUUCAGGACCAUGACCAGCUUGUACUGCUCGAUGAGCCCAGCCACGGACUCCGUUAACCUGAGCACCCAGACGCACGGGGCCGUGUUCAAUCUGGAGUACUCGCCCGAUGGAUCCGUGUUGACGGUGGCCUGCGAGCAAACGGAGGUGCUUCUCUUCGACCCGGUCUCCUCCAGGCACAUCAAGACGCUGGUGGAGGCCCACGAAGACUGUGUCAACAACAUUAGGUUUCUCGACAACAGGCUGUUCGCCACCUGUUCUGACGACACCACCAUUGCAUUAUGGGAUCUGCGGAAGCUGAACAGCAAGGUGUGCUCCCUGCACGGCCACGCCAGCUGGGUGAAGAACAUAGAGUAUGAUACCAACACACGCCUCCUGGUCACCUCUGGCUUCGACGGCAACGUCAUCACCUGGGAUACUAACAGGUUUACGGAGGAUGGCUGCCCCCAUAAGAAGUUCUUCCACACACGCUACUUGAUGAGGAUGCGUUUGACGCCGGACUGCUCCAAGAUGCUCAUCUCCACUUCCUCAGGCUACCUACUUAUCCUGCACGAUUUGGACCUGACGCAGUCAUUGGAAGUGGGCAGCUACCGCAUUCUACGCACCCGGCGGCCACCCCUCAGCUCUGAUGGCGCCACAUCCGGCUCCAGGUCAUCAGGAAGCCUUCGCCAAGGGAAUGACUCCAGCAAGAGCCACCCUCAGGCCUCUCAGAGAGAAGGUGCAUCUCCGAGGAACAGCUUGGAGGUCCUGACUCCAGAGAUCCCCGGAGAGAGGGACAGAGGAAACUGCAUCACCUCCUUGCAGCUGCACCCCAAGGGCUGGGCCACGCUGCUCCGCUGCUCCAGCAACAUGGAUGAUCAGGAGUGGACAUGCGUGUACGAGUUCCAGGAGGGGGCGCCGUCGCGGCCGCCCGUGUCCCCUCGCUGUUCGCUGCGACUCACCCACUACAUCGAGGAAGCCAACGUGGGCCGGGGCUACAUCAAGGAGCUGUGCUUCAGCCCGGAUGGCCGCCUCAUCUGCUCGCCCUACGGAUACGGCGUGCGUCUGUUGGCCUUCGACAGCAGCUGCAGCGAGCUAGCCGACUGCCUGCCGGCCGAGACCAGCCGGCUGCUGGAGGUGCGCUCUAUCUACUCGCAUAGCGACGUGGUGCUCACCACCAAAUUCUCCCCCACGCAUUGCCAGCUGGCUUCGGGUUGCCUCAGCGGACGUGUGUCACUCUACCAGCCCAAGUUCUAGGGCUUGGACCCACGGACCAUGAGAGACGCCCGCAGGCGGCUCGUGAGUGCAUUAUAAGUCCUAUUGGCAGUUGGGAUGAACUACAAUUUCUUUUUAAAAUGUUCUGACUGAGUUCAGGCAGCAUGUACAGAACACCUACGCCAUAAGCCAGAGAGGUUUGGAAGUUCGUUUUAGUAGUUUAAUUUACACUGUCUUAAUGCAUCCUGGAAACUAAACAGAGGCACCGACUGCACUCCAUGCCAUACAAUAAAUUAGGUUGGGAAAAAGAAAACAAGGGAGGUCAUUGCUUGUCUGACCUUUUUGGCGAUCACAUGACCUGACCGGAGAUCACAUGACCUGACCGGAGAUCACACCACCACAUGUUUCGGGUAAUUGCUAAUCGCUAACGUGGGGAUACGAAAUUGAAGAAUAAAAAUGUCUCCCCCAGGGCACUCCACAUGCUUUGCUCUCUGCUUUUCCUCUCUCGGAGGGGGCCGUGGGAGGGCAUCCACACUCCCCGCUGCUGUUCGGGCACUCGUGUGUCCUUACGCGACGAUGCUGCUUCACUGCUUUGAAGCUGUGGGGAUUCGUCUGCAGGAGUGUUGUUUCUGCUGCAAAAUUAUAUGUUUUCCACCCUUUAGGUUUUAUAUGAUUUCCUCAGUUUGUUUCUUUUCAUGUUUAAUGAUCCUAAAACUAGUUUUCCAAUACUCUUAUUAAUCCCCUAUGGAACCAAUGCACAUGUUAAAAAAUAAUACUCAAACACUAUAAACGUUGUAUAUACGUCUGUAGUCUUGUUUUCACUGGAUUUUCUUUGUGUUAAAUCUACACAUGACUUUUAUUGCUUUAUGUAGAAGUCUUUUCUUGGUUGUUAUGGCUAUAACAUUUUUUUAAAUUUAUUUUAAACUACGGGACAUUAAGAAGUUUUGGGAUUUUAAAUUUUUUUUGGUCCUCGUCCUUGACAGUAUGUUCUGGUCAUUUCUCUCUCACCAAGUGCUCUGGGCCUUUCAGCACAUUAAGCUUCCAGUGUCUCAGUGGCAAUAUUAUCUGCCUCAGCAACAUGCAAUGCUAUGCUUAAUAUUGCGCUAACCUUUAAUUUUUUUACAGUCCAGGAUGCCUGCCUUUUAUGUAAACCAUACUAUGCUCACAGCUCUUUUACUGUCAACUGAUGAGUCUCAACUAAAAGCCACUGGACUUUGAGUUGACUUUAUGCGUCUGAGAGACAUGGGAAUAUCACUGGUUAUCCUUCCUGUGGUAUCAACACUAUGGCAUCAUAGCAUUUAAUGUGAAUAAUAACUGCAAUUUUAAAAAAAAUGUCUUGGGAGAAGCUCUUUAACUUACUGUAGUGUGAACCAGACAGUGGUUGUGAUAUAGAUGGCCUGACUGGGCCUGAUACCACCCUCCAACAAACAGAACCCCCCCCCCCCCCCGGAUGAAGAUUUAAAACUAUUCUAGAAUUUCUUGGAUCAUUUACUUCAACUAAACCUUGUAAACUCACCAUCUUCUGGCCUGCUGCAGGGAACAGUGUGCACUACAAUCUAUUUUAACACCAUUAAAGAUGUGUCAUGGUAAUACUGCUUAAUCCGUACACCAUGCUGUUUCUAGUCAUUUCUGUCUUCACCGUGGCGCUUUCAUUGCCAUGCGUUUUGUCGCCAUGGUUUCGCAGUGUAGUUUUCGACUUCUUGGGUAAUUGGUGACUUUUCUCAGAUAUAACUGGUCUAAGCUUAUGGUUUUUUCCUUCCCACCAGGUCUAUGAAUUAGAGCAUCUGCUGGGUCUUGGGGUUGGGUGGGGACUGAGUUAAUGAGCCGCAUCCAGCCCAUUUUAGCAUCCCCUGACUUCUUUGAUAAAUGAUUGUUCGUGGUUCACCCUGAACAGGUGCAGGUAAAGCAUGUAUUUUCUCUGCAGUUCCGUUUUGCUGUCCAUAUAUCCUGUUGUUACAUUCUGUAUUCUUUGUAGUCACUGACAAUAUUAAUCCCUAUACUUUCUCAAACUUUCUUUUGGUUUGUGUUUUUUUUUGUGCAAUUCAGAUUAAAGCAAAUAACCAGAUCUUUGGCAGAACUUCAGAUUGUGAUUUGUGUUGCAUGCUAGCAUAAUCUUGUGGUGGCCUCGGGGGUUGGUGAUGCAGUGGGGGUGGGGUGUAGCCAUAAAGGUUUCAGAAGUAGGUUGACAAUCUCAGAAGCAUUACGCAGAUCAACCCUUUGGGUGAGACGUGUGUAGUGUUACCCAUGUUAUGGCAAUCCUGACAUAAGUUCAUAUUAGCGGUUAAGCCCUGCAGGGGGCGGUGUAGAGCUCCCGGUCACUUCACUAAGCAACUUGGUAUAGUUGCUAUAAUUUAAUUUCAUAAUGCAGUUUCUCUCACUCUAAUCCUCUGGGACUCCCAGAGAGUCCAUGUUUUUACCAGGAGCUGGGGGGGGGGGCAAGAAACAAUGUCAUAAUAUAUUUCUGUUGAAGGAACUUUUUUGCCUUUUUUUAAAAAAAAUGUUUUUCGGAAAAUGAUAUUGUUUAUAAGUUGGGUGAAUGUAUGUUUUAUCCAUUUCACCAUGGUCCAUUUUGUUUUUCUUCCAUUUAAAUGUAUUAGUGACUUGAUCUAACAUUGUGUAUGGUUAGAAAAUGUACUGCUUAUCAGAGCGCUUCUACACAAAUAGACAGAAGCAAGUAGCAUUUGAUUUGCACACCUUUGUUUCCUUUGGGUAAUGUGACGUUUUUAGUUAAAAUGUAAAGAUUUGCCUUUUUAAAAACUUGGUUAUUGCUUUGUAAAUGGGUGCACUUUUCAAUUCAAUGUAGUUGUACCUGAAAACACUGAGGUAAAUCCUUAUGAAACUUAUUUUUAUUAUGCUUAAAGUUGCCUGUUUCUAAUUAGUAAUUAAAGUCAAGCUUGGUAAGUAAGCUUCCUCCUUGAAUUAAUGACAAUAAUAAAAUGCCUCUGGACGUUUUAAUGGAAUAAAAGCUCCAAAAUA